UUGAAGUACACUCGUCAACAAUACAGAUUGAAGUACACUCGUCAACACGGUUGAAAAUGGAGCAGCUUUGGACGAAAUUUAAAGGAUUCUUAGCAACUGCGCCGCUCCUUUCUACAGCGCAAAGUUCAUCAGAUCACAAGGAGCUAAAAGCCGGACGAGGUGUAAAGGACAAAGGCAUUUACUCAGCCGCAGACGAAGAGGUCAUGGAUUCGAACGCCCAUCUUUUGAAAUCUCGACUAAUCGACGAGAUUCUGGAUGAUAUAGGAUUGAGGUUUUUUCAUUGGGAAUUAUUCGCAUUCCUUUCCCUCCUAGUUAUGACAUGUGGCCUAGGAACAGCUAUGCUAUCUGCUAUACUACCACGUUUAAAAUCGGACUGGAACAUUCCUGCAAUUAGUGCUGGGGUAUUAACAAUGUCAUCACCUGCCGGAAAGAUAAUAGGAGCGACGUUUUGCGGUUGGGUGUCGGAUAAAUAUGGCAGAAAGCCUUCUUUUAUUGCAUUUGCAGCGUUCAUACUUGUGUCCGCUUUUGUGAGUGUGUUUUCAACGAGCUAUUACUGGCUGUGGAUAGGCCUUUUCUUCAUCGGAUUUGGAACGAGCAUUUUAGUUCAAUGUUUUGUCAUGGUAGUGGAAUUAUUUCCCACCAGAUGCCGCGCUAUGUUUUCUGUUUUAUUAAUCGUCUUCUGGACUUUAGGAUUUCUGCUUUCGGCCGUCGUUUCCAUGGAGCUCUCGGUGAUUGGUUAUCAUUGGGCUCUGGCUACCGUGUGUUUUCCAAGCGCAAUUUUCCUCAUUGGUAGUAUUAUAUUUCUUCCUGAAUCGCCACAUUUUUACCUUGCAGCCGGGGAAGAGCAAAAAGCUCUAAAUAUUCUCCAAGAUUUGGCGCCUGAAAUGGAUUUCACCGAUGAAAAACUACGGAGUCACGGUCCCGAGACACAGAGGGCGGAUUUUACGCAGUUAUUUCGAACAGGCUAUUUGAAAAUUACAAUAUGCGCGUGUAUCGCGUUUUUCAACAUCUACCAAUCGCACUAUGAUUUGAUAUACACCGCAUCUGACGUCGCCGGUAGUCAAAAUUAUACAUCUGCGACAAAAGAUUUGCAAAACAUGGAAACAGUAACCCGUCAUAUGUAUGCCAUCAUGGUCUGGAUGAACGUACCAGAGUUUGUUAUCAUCAUCGCAACCGCUUUGGUUUGUUACGUUUUUACGGUUAAAAGAGUACUGUUAACAGUCACGUUGUGUACACUUGUUUUACAGAUCGUCGCUUUGUUCGUCGUAAACCAGAGGAUUCUAUUACUCGUAGUCAUAAUGAUAUCAAGAAGCCUGCUUGCAUCAGCUAUAUCUCUCCUGCUAGUCUUUGCAUCACGUGUUUAUCCCACGGAAAUUCGUAGCAUGGGAACAGGCGCUUGUGCAGCUGUGGGCCGUCUCGGGACAAUCGCAGGACCGUUCAUCUUCGAGACAUGGUUUACCAAAGAGUAUUUUAAUGGAACUGUGUUUAAUAUUGCGAUUGUAUCGCUAUCAUUCAUCGCAAUUGUCUUACUGCCGGAGCAAACCGCCACUUCAACACUUCGGUGAAAACCGGCUUAAAAUUGGCGAGUGACAUGCAUGCAUUAAAAAGUUUUUACUCAGUAAAGUGCUACUAACAGCAUAAUUUACUGAGCAGCUUUUACGUACUGCAUAUAGUUGCUUCAACAAUAUGAUAUCCAUAUAAUUAUCGUGUAGACCUCCAUGGCUCCAUCUUAAGACCUGAUGAUACGAUCUAACUUUGUCGGUCCAUGAGACGUGGAUAGGAUCCGACAAAGCUGGAUCGUGUGAACAGACCUCUUUAGCCUUCGACUUAUAGGGUUUCAAAGCUGAAUGGUCUUUACUCAAGAGACUUUGCAAUAACAGGCAAAUUGUGAGCCACAGAAAUACAAACCUAGUAGCAUUCUGUGUUUCGUCGUUUUUAAUGUCGAAUUGUGGGGUCAGUCGGCAGUCGCAUGUCAAUAGUCACUGCCAUUAUGAUAAUUACUACUACCACUAUAUAAG